AUGAACAAUACUGCAAACACUGCAAGCAGGCCCAACUUGGAGCCUCUAUGGACCAACUAUCGCAACCUGGGCGGAAUGCCAAAGACUGCAUUCAAGCCUGCCACCAGCCCAGAAGGCAUGUCAUCUCCCUCGCCCAUGUCUCCGAAAAGUCUACCGUCCCCAAUGCAUCCGACUGUGUACACUAGCUACACGACGAAACAGCACGAGCGCUCCAUGGUCAACAGAUUCGAUUCGGAAAGGAGUCAACCGAGUUCCAGUAGCUCCGCGAAGAGUCUACGGUCCAUUGAGGAGGAAGAAACACCCCUCACGGCUCGUCUCGAGAGAUUCAGCAUCUUGCCGCCUCUGACUCUAAAAUUCGGGCUGCCCUCUCCGCCCGCGGCGCCGCCGGCUCAACUGCUCUCGCCCCGGCCAAACCGAGACUCUCUACAUAGAGCGAGAACAUUAUUAGAGCCAAAGACUGUAUCAAUACCGCAGCAAUCGCUGGAACCAUCCUAUGAGAGACUAUAUCGUAGGAAUAGCGCAACAACAGGUGCCAGACCGCUGCCACCACCACCUCCUCCGCCACGGAAACAGUCUGUCAUGGAGAUUCGUGACCAACUACGGAACUGGGGCCAUGUAUAUCACGGCAACAUUGAAACCGCCGACGCAUUUGUCAUUGCUCGUUCCCUCCGGAGACAAAGCACCUCGCCCAUUCACCUCAGGGCCGGCGGCGUUAUUGGUUCACCCACGUCGUCGAGAGGAGCCUCACACAAUGCCAACCGCCAAACGAUACGAGCCAUCAUUCGGCCCAAGGCCCUCGAGAGGCAGUCCUUUCUCGUCCAGAGAACCUUUGACAUGGACGAGUUGCGCGCCACCAUUCCGGAUCCCGUCCCCCAUUACCACGGAGCUUUGCGCCCGUCACCAGCCUCUUUUUCGGGACAACGGCAGCAGCAAGACCGAUCCGGUACCUCUUCACCCUCUCCUGCUCCCCGGUCAAUGGCGGCGGCGGCAUCCCGUCCUCCGAGGCCUUUGCUGGCGAGGAGGCGAAGUAGCGUUCGCUCCAGCGAGCUGUUGUCAGGGCGCGGUCGGGCCAGUGUUAGUCUAGACCACGAAGCCUUGAUAUGCGAUCCCAAAACCGUGCCUAUUCAUCUCAAGUACGCAAGAGCUUACUUCCCCGUGCUGGCGGCCCUGCUGGUGUCUGGUCAUGUCCGUGAAGGCGAUAUCAUUUACCUACCUCUGCCUCAUCCCGAGGUCUGGCCGCAGACGGUCAGGUAUAUCUAUCUCGGGCAGGAUGAUUUGAGCGCUGCCAUGAGGGAGAAUAUCCUAUAUCUCGCCGGUAAAGUCUAG